UUUUAUUUUUAUUUUUAUAAUCAGUCAUCUUUAUCUUGAUUCAUACGUUGUAAUGUCAGCAGCUAAUAAUCAAACACCACCCAUGGCUUUCCAGCCGGGACAGCAACAACAACGACCGAUGAUGACUAACCCAGGUCAGCCUCGCCCUCCUUUGGCAUACAACUCUUCCAAUGUAAGACCAGGAUUUGUUCCACACUCACCAGGUCAACUUGCUCAGCAUUCGCCACAAGGAUAUUCACCUCAGAUGAACAGACCACCCCCUUCCGUAGAAGAGAAAAUGGGAAAUAUGCAAAUUGGAGGCGCCGCACAAAGGCCUGGGCGCUCAAAACGUGUCUAUGCAACAGUGCCAACUACACCUUUACCAUCCGGCAGCACACCCCCACAAGCAUAUCAACAACAGCCGUACCAGCAACAACAACAACAACCAUUGCAGCAACAGCAGCAAGGCUAUCAACAGCACCAACAACAUCAUCAGCCACAACAACCAAUGUAUCAGCAACCAAUGCAACCACAAUCCAUGCAACAACAGCCAAUGCAACCACAAUCCAUGCAACAGCAGCCUUAUCGGCAAUAUCAGGAUCAAAAGGUACCAGCACAAGAAGUGGUUGUUAAAACGCCACUCGGACUUCCCCCUCGUCCCAAUGUCAAACCCCGUAUUGAUCCAAACCAGAUCCCAUCUCCCGUACAAAUCCAAUUAAAAGACGAGGAAGUAAAUGAACACGCGGAUUAUUACUAUGGCACCUGUACGAAAAAUGCGAUGCCUUUAGCCAGUACAGAUUUUCGAACUUUGGAUCAAGGAAACUGUAAUCCUCGAUUUAUGCGGGUGACGCUGAACGAGGUGCCUCAAACAAGCGAGCUUGCCAAAGACACAGGGCUACCCUUUGGUGUGGUGAUUCAACCUUUAGCUCUCACACAUGCACAAGAUGCGGCUGUUCCGUUUGUGCCUUUACACACAGAAACGGCUGAACCUACACGUUGUUCACGUUGUAAAGGAUACGUCAAUCCUUGGUGUCGAUUUAUCGACGGCGGCCGAAAAUAUGUUUGUAAUUUAUGUGAGUUUGAAAAUUUGGUACCUGAAGAUCAACAAAGUCCUCUUGAUAUGUAUGGAAAAAGAAUGGGUAGCGGCAAUCAGCCAGAACUCAUGUUUGGUUCAGUUGAAUUUGAUGUGCCCAAGGAUUACUGGAACGAUAUCGAACCCAAACCUUUGCAUCAAUUGUUCGCGAUCGAUGUCUCCCGAAAUGCCAUACAAUCGGGCAUGUUGACAAUCUUUUGUCAAACAAUUAAACGAUUAUUGGAGACAGACGGGUUUCCACAAGGAAUGAAGAUUGGUAUUUUCACAUUUGAUAGCUCUAUCCAAUUUUACAAUCUGCAGGCUGGAUUAGGACAAGCUACCAUGAUGGUUGUUUCCGAUAUCAAUGACGUUUUUGUUCCUCUUUCAAAUGGACUCUUUGUAGAUCCUAAAGAGUCGAGAUUAUUAAUUGAAGGGUUAUUGGAUCAGUUACCUACUUUAUAUGAGAAUACAAUGACACCGAAUGCAGCAUUUGGUUCUGCUGUUCAAGUUGGUAUAUUAGCUAUGAAAAAAUUAGGUGGUAAGCUUUCUAUCAUGCAAACCUCUUUACCUUCAAUCGGACCUGGUGUUUUAAAGAAUCGUGAGGAUCCUUCACUCUACGGUACAGAACGUGAAAAGGGUUUAUUUGCACCUCAAGAUAAUUUUUACCCCCAAUUAGCGGGCGAGAGUGUUCAAGCUGGUGUAUCUAUCGAUCUCUGGCUCUUCCCUCCUGCCAACACGUACAUUGAUGUUGCUACCGUUGGUGUACUGUCUGCUUUAACAGGAGGAGAUACCUACUAUUUCCCUAAUUUCAAUAUAACACGAGAAGGGGUACAAGUGAUGCAUGAUUUGACUCAUACAAUUUGUCGUGAACAAGGAUACAGAGCUGCGCUUCGUGUUCGAUGUUCCAACGGAAUCUCAGUACAAGAUCAAUACGGUAAUUUCUCGAUGUCGAAUGCAACAGAUAUGGAAUUAGCAGGAGUGAAUUCGGAUACAACGAUCGGUGUUGAAUUGAAACACGAGGGAAAACUGGCAGAGAAUUCACAAGUGUAUUUCCAAUCGGCCUUGUUAUACACGACAGCGGGAGGACAACGACGUGUACGAGUGCAUAAUUUAAGCGCUGGUGUGGGAGCAACAGCAAACCCGGUAUUCAAGCAUGCGGACUUGGAUACCUCGGUUAAUCUUUUGAUUAAACGCACUAUUGCGCUUUCUGCUAAAAAGACGAUCAAUGAUUUGUCGAAUGAGUUGGAUACUUUUUGCGUCAAGGUACUUACUGCUUACCGAAAAUAUUGUGCUACGGGUGCUUCUGCAGCUCAAUUGAUUUUGCCUGAAUCAUUCAAAGUGCUGCCUCUUCUGUUAUCUUCCUUUAAAAAAUCUGCAGUGUUGAGAAAAGAUUCAUCCAUGAAUUUCGAUGCACGAGUAUAUAACAUGAGAAAGAUCAAGAAUCUUAGUAUUCCCGGUACGAUUAAAUGGUUGUAUCCACGUUGUAUUAAACUGCAUACAUUGUUUAAUCAAGAGGAAGGUCAUACUCCACUUGAAAGACUUUCGUACGAUCGAUUUGAAUCUACAGGUAUAUACUGGAUAGAAUCCCAUAGUGCAAUAUUUUUAUGGAUCGGUCAAGAGGUUUCAAAGGAGAUAAUAUACGCCAUGUUUGGUGUUUCCGAGAUGAGCCAUAUCAACCCAGCCAUGAACGAACUUCCUGUGUUGGAGGAAUCACCCGUCAAUUGCCGAUUGCGGGGAUUGUAUCAAAAGGCGACGGAAAACAUUGCUUAUUUGCCUCAAUUAAAUGUCAUUCGACAUGGUUUGGAUCUGGAAGUAGAAUUAUCGAAAGUGUUGGUGGAAGAUGAAAUUUAUAAUCAAUCUAGUUAUGUGGAUUAUUUGUGCAUGAUUCAUAAACAAAUACAAACAGAGUUGGAACGCGAGAAAAAUGAUGUGGUACUUUCUGCUGCAUCCUAUUGGGCUUAUAGAUAUUAAAAUAAAAUAAAUUUUACAUGUGGCAAAAGAUAUGUAUGAUCAAGACAAGAUUUUUAUUAUUUGAUAUACGAAAUGAAGUGAAGGCGAGAAAAAGGAAUUUUUUAUACAAUGUUGAUGACUAUUGGAUAUUAUGUAAUAGGGGUAAUUUUUUUUUUUGUUUUUUGUUUUU